AUGACGGCAGCAGAUGGGUCUGCUCAGAGUGAGGAGGUCUGCUAUGAGACGAGGGGGAGCACAUCUCCUGAGAGAAAGGAUGCAGACCAGUGGAAGAAUGUGUGGGCUUUGGAAGUGCCGGGGGGCUACAAGCAUUUUGUUUGGAGUGCUUUAAAUAAUGCCCUUCCUACGAGGUCUAAUUUGUUAAAAAAGAAGGUUUGUGAAGAUCCUUGGUGUCCUAGUUGUAAAAGGGAGGAAGAGGAUGUGCAACAUGCUCUUUGGUGCUGUCCAGGGGCUGCUGAUGUUUGGGCUGUUGGUUGGAGUCCCAUAAGGAAGUGGCUGAACCAGUUCAUUGAUUUUUCCAGUUUGUGGGAGGAUUUGAGUAAUAGGCUAUCACCUGGAUGCUUGGUAAGAGUUGUUGCUAUUAUAAGGGGCAUUUGGAGAAGGAGGAAUACCUUUGUUUUUGAAGAUAAGUUUGCUAGUUCUAGUCAGGUGGUGAAAAUUGCUGUCGUGGGCUUGGAAGAGUUCCAGGAGGCUAAUGUAAAGGUGACUAGAAGGCUUUCUAAGGGAGUAGAGAGGAGGGAAGGAAGAGGAUGGCAAAAACCUUUGAGGGCUCUAUGUAAGCUUAACUUUGAUGCUACUGUUGAUGUGAAAAAUAGGAGGAUUGGCAUAGGUAUUAUUAUUAGAGACUGUCAUGGUGAUGUUCUGGUUGCUGUUUGUUUGAGGAAGGAUAAUCUGGUCUCUCCUUUCAUUGCUGAAUGCUUUGCAUUGAAAAUAUCUAUUGAGCUUUGCUUAGAGAUGGGAUUUGGGUCUAUCAUGAUGGAAGGGGAUGCAAAGGUGAUGAUUGAGGCAAUGCUCUCGAAGGAGUUGGAUGAAUCUGUACAUGGUCAGCUGAUUGAGGAUACAAAGAGGCUACUAGCACAAUGA